UGGGACACGUUCCCAAGGUGUUUGUUUACGUCAGGGGCAGCAUGGGAAAGAUCUGGCUUGGAGCGCACAUGGAAGAUAUUGAUAAUCGAAUGUGUCCUCAUACCUGCACCUUCACCACAGAUGUCCGAAUGGUCCGGUCCUCCGACGCCGUGCUGAUCCACCUGUGGGACGUUAAAAGUCGCCAGAGCCUCCUGCAGUUCCUGGGCCCCCGCGAUCCUUCUCAGCCUUGGAUUAUGUUGGAAAAUGAAACUCACCUUCGCGCUAAUCUGAACUCCCAUUUGAAAUACUCGGAACUCAACGGUAUCUUCAACCGCACCUUUUACUUCCGAAGCGACGCUGAUAUAAGAAUGAUUCACGGAUUUAUCGUUCGUCGUGGGAUGGAAGCGAGCUUGUUGCCGCCACACUGGGUGCGCCAGCCCGAAAUGGGGAGGGAAAAUGCCACUCGACUGAUAGCAGUAGCGUACAUCUCUGAUUGCAUAGACCACAGCGGUCGCUUGAAGUACAUCAGUGAGCUUAAAAAACACAUUACCGUAGAUGUGUAUGGGAAAUGCGGAUCACUGAAAUGCGGAGCUCCAAGAAUCGCCAAGGCCCGCGUGCGCGUGGACACGGACCCGUGCCUGAAUGCUGCAGCACGAAAAUACUACUUCUACCUUGCCUUCGAAAACGCUAUAUGCAAGGACUAUGUAACAGAGAAGCUGUACAAUGUGUUAUACUACCCACUGGUGCCAGUUGUCCUGGGGGGAGCAAACUACUCCUCCCUUCUUCCUCCAAACUCGUACAUAGACGCCACCCAGCACACACCUGCAGCGCUGGCUAAAAUCCUCGUGCGCAUAGCCGGCGACCCGGAGGAGUACGAGUCGUAUCUGAAGUGGAAGAAAUAUUACCAGCCUUCUACUGUCGGGAGUUACAAGGUCUUCUGUGAUUUGUGCGCAAAACUUUAUGACGAAAGAUUGUAUGAGAAUAAUACGAUAAGUGAUUUUCAUGAUUGGUUUGUCACAAAAGAUUAUUGCAGAUACGCUUAGUUCCUUGACUAAAAUAGCGUACGACACUAGAAUGAUAAGAUGUACAGUGUACAUG